GUGCUUCGAUGGUCACUCAGUUGCCGACGUGAUGUCUUCCGUGUCACUUCUUGUAUUACCAAUUCUUUUGCUUUGCGCUUGCAGCGCUUUCGCGGCCAGUGAGGUCGAUUGGUGGGAGGCCGCCACGCUCUACCAGAUCUAUCCGCGUUCGUUUAUGGAUAGCGAUGGCGAUGGUGUGGGCGAUUUGAAUGGCAUUACCUCGCGGCUGGCGUUCCUCAAGGAAAUAGGCGUGACGGCCACUUGGCUAUCGCCCAUCUACGACUCACCGAUGGCUGACAUGGGUUAUGAUAUUUCAAAUUUCACGAAAAUUUACCCAGUGUUCGGCACGAUGGAGGAUUUUGAUGCCAUGGUGGCGAAGGCGCAUGAAUUGGGGUUGAAGAUCAUUUUGGAUUUUGUGCCCAACCACUCGAGCGAUGAGUGUGAGUGGUUCCAGAAGUCGAUAAAGCGUGAGGAUGGUUACGACGAUUUCUAUAUAUGGGACGAUGGUAAGAUCGACGCAGAAACGGGUAAACGUGUACCGCCAAGCAAUUGGAACUCGGUUUUCGGUGGACCGGCGUGGACCUGGAACGAGCAGCGUCAACAAUACUAUUUCCACCAGUUCUUAUCCAAGCAACCGGAUUUCAAUUUCACCAGUCCCAUGGUGCGCCGCCAUCUAAUCGAGGUCUUGACAUUUUGGCUGGAACGCGGCGUUGACGCUUUUCGCAUUGACGCAGUGCCGCAUUUUUACGAACUGCGUUUAGCGAAUGGCACAUACCCGGAUGAGCCCGUUAGUGGGCUCACCAAUGACACAACAAAACACGACUACUACACACACAUCUACACCAAGGACCAACCAGAGAAUAUCGAAUUACUCUACGAAUGGCGUGAGUUUUUGGACGAAUUCCAGCGCCAACAUGGCGGCGACACACUCGCUAUGGUGGCUGAGGCCUAUGCCCCCAUCGAAGUCUUAAGCGACUACAUCAACAAUGGCACACAUGUCGGCAGUCAAUUGCCGAUGAAUUUCAACUUUAUACAGCUGCGAGACACCGCAACGGCAAAAGACGUUGAACGGCUUGCCAAUCACUGGAUGGAUGUGAUGUGGACCCGGCACAAGACAGCCAAUUGGGUUAUCGGCAAUCACGACAACAGUCGGCCCGCGACACGCAUCGGUGAAAAACGCGCUGAUAUGAUGACAAUUGUAACGCACGCGUUGCCUGGCACAUCCGUCACAUAUUAUGGCGAUGAAAUUGGCAUGCCCGAUUUAGCGACUGAAUGCACGCCCACCAAUUGUGACUUCCGUGAUCCCGAGCGUACGCCAAUGCAGUGGGAUUCCACGAAAAACGCCGGCUUCAGCGCGGGCAACUCAACAUGGCUGCCCGUCAAUCCAAAUUACAAGCUGCUCAAUGUACAGCGACAGCGAGGCGUGGCACGUAGCACUCUGCAGAUAUUCAAGAGCAUGUCAGCGCUCAAGAAAACGCCUGCCUUCAGGGCGUUCAAGGAGGAGGGCGGUUUCUCGUAUGGUGCUUUGACAGAGCAAGUCUUUCAAAUUGUCAGAACUGCGCCAAAUCUCGAGGAGUAUCGUGUGUUGGCCAACUUUGGCGGCCAGGUCGAGCGUUUGGAUGACUUGACGAACAAAACGAUGGAGUAUGUCAUAGUUACUUCACACUCGCCGCACAGAGUUGGCGCCAAAGUCGAUCUGAGCAAACGCAUUUACUUAAUGCCUUACGAAACUGUGGUGCUGCGCUGGGCUGCCUGAAGUAUCUUUAAGUAAUCACUGGCGUUAACUCAGCAAGUCUCAUAGGUUUCAUAAGUUAUUUUCUAAACAAAAACUCCAUUUUAUGUCCCAUCCCACAUUGGAAAAGUUGAUGGAAGACAACUCUACGAAUCAAAAAUCUGUCGAUAUCUAGCUUCCGUAGAUAUUCUCUAUUUAUGCAACGCAUUAUUCAGCCACUCUAAGGCGUUGUGAUUGAUUGCGCUGCCGCAAAUUUAUUUAUUGAUAUGCAGAUGUUAAGCAAAAAAAGUAAAA